AUGGUCCCCGGAUCUACCAGGAAGCCCGCCGCCCUUGACAUCUCGCGCUCGUCGACCAUGGAGUUGCCCCCGGGCAUUGCGGCCCUGUUCGUUAUCCGCUUUGACAUUCGCACCGGCUAUGUGGUUUCGUGGAAGCGCACUGUACCCGGAGGUGAGCAAUCGAUUGAUCUAGCCGAAGUUGUCUCUCAUUCCGACGCGCAAUCUGACUUCGGGAUAGUUGAGGUGGAAGGGGUGGUCGAAUACAAGUCGCUUCCCUCUGGCCUGCACAAUGUGACCGAUGAUCUAGUGUAUGCUUUCUUCUUCAUGCUACCUGGCCCUGCUAACCCAACCCUCUUCCAAUCUAGCUAUUUCGUCCAUGAGCAGUAUGCCGGGAUCAGCGCGUUCCUCAACCAGCCUGCCGAAGAGGCGGAGCGCAAUGCGAAUAUGUUCGCCAUCGGCGUUCUCGUGCCCCUUAGCUCGGGGAGACUGGGGAAGAGCUGGAGACAUGCCCCGAGACUCAAGGAACUGACGCUGAAAUACGCCGCGAACAUGUCCGAUGAGCAGCCGAUGUGCGACUACUGGGACGCCUUUCAGAUCGGAGGAGCCGACACCACCGACUCCCCCGUCGAGUCCCCCAUCAGUUUCCGCGAUGCCAUGUUGUUGGGAACGUUCAGGCCGGCCCUGACGCCUUUCCACCCUGCCUCGUCGCUCCCUGAUUUUAUCGACUGCUUCGGUCCCUUGAUAUUUCCUCUUUACAGAGCGGCCUUGUUGCGCAAACGCAUUCUCUUCAUGGCCGAAGCUCCCGUGCACACUCCUUGCAACUAUGUAUAUGAUUUGUCCUUGUUAGCCUCUUUGCCGAAUUCCCUUCUGGAAUUCCUCCCGACCGACCGCAUCCCGAAUCUCCGACCUCGCCCGCUCUUCAACGUCGGCAUCCACGAUAUUCCCUAUCUUGCCACCCUCGACCCAUCUCACGCUCGACUAGACCCCGACACGGACCGAAGCUGGAUCGCCUGUUCGACAGACAGUGUCCUGAGCCUGAAACCCGACCUCUACGACGCGCUCGUGACCCUGCCUCCGCCCUACUCCCGCCAUGCGACAGAACGCACCUUUCCCAAAAUCGCACUGAUGCACACCCCCGGCUCCAAGCCCAAUACCACCCAAACCGUCCACUUGAAAGCAACGCAGCGCGACGCCCGGCGCUACCACAUGCUGCGCAGAGGUCUCCGUAACUUCUCACAAGACCGCACCACAGCCUCCGGAUCGGACGACGAUUCUGACUCCGACUCAACGUACUCCUCCAGCGCCAUCGUCGAGCCCCUCUCCUGGACGCGUCUUGCCUACACCUCGUUCAUCUGGUGGGCUUCCGCAGGCGAGAACCGCGACGGCCUCUCCGAAGAAGAAGAGGAGCAACAGAUUGAGCAAGACAGUCGCCUCCUGGCAAGCGUGGAGAGCCUCGCCUUCACCCCGACCAACAACAGCAUCGGACGGCGCGGCACCACACACUCCGACGACUCGGCGCGGCAACCGCCCGAAGUGGCUCUGGUGGCUUACUUCCGUCGCCUCACGACCCAGAUCUUCGUCACGCUCGCCGAAGCCAUUGCACGGAACGAUAGUAGCGACGGACAGGAUUACCCAGAUGUCCCUAAUGAGACACCGUCCUACUUCGACGACCCCGCCGGGGGCAACGUCCCAGACCUCUCCCUAUCCAUGUCCCGCCAGUCCCUGCCCACAGACGACGGCGACACGCCUCUCCUCCGCCAGCGCUCAAGCGCCCACAACCGCUCCUCCGAGAAUGAUGCCCGAUCGAACCGUGCCGCCGAUGUCGAUGCCGCAGCUGACCCUGUCACGAUCACCAUUGCCGACAUGGCGGAGAUGGGUCUUGAUGUAUGGAGUGCAACAGAUCGCAUCUUUGCCGAGGAGCUUGUUUCGCUCUGGUGGGGACGCUCUGCGCGGGUGGAUAGUGCGCGCAUUAGAUGUUGUGGUAUUUCUAUCUUGUAG